CGCGCCGCACCCGUAUUUACACUGGGCCGUAAAUAGGUUGUCUUGGCCCGUUUCCCGCCAUAUCGCAAGCGAGACCAUCACUGGAUGAUAUGCACUCUUGAUCCAGCAUGUGGCCAUCCGCAUUCAGCAUUUUUAAGGGCCAGCCCUGCCCUUCAGGGACUAGCUGCGAGCUUCCACAUUGUCUGUUUGCUCACAGCCAGCCAAUCGCACCUACAAGCAGCACUGAGAUCACUCGCAGGGAGGCGUCUUCAAACAGCUCUCCGCCUGCUAAACGUGUGAGACUUGAUGGCGAUGCGAAAGCCGAGGUGGUAGCGAACCAUGUAAUCGACCCGCCCGUCUUCACAGGACUUCGUACUUGCAAGCCAGUCUCAAAAUCAGCCUCUGCACCUGAAAACCAGGGAGCUGCUACUACUCCUGGUUCUGCUCAGUCUGCGGUUGAUGUCAAAUCCGACCACGCACUUCCCCGAACGGCAACGAAGCCAGUCUCACCCCCACCGACCAAAACUAGUACAGACGCGAAGCCACAACCUGAGCAGGAGGUGAGUCUGUUCCCGCGGAAACUAAGAAAUGAACCGAUGCCUUUGGCAGCCAGAUUGGUUCGGCUCAAGAUGUUACAUGAUUGCAUGGCUCCUUUCAACACCAAACUACUUGCAGCAAAGAGCCCUUCGACCAAAGCUCUCCACUUGUCUGCGAAUCAAUUGAGGAAGCUUGCCGUGGAUGAAGAGGCACAGAUUGCCAUCGAACAUGGACUCCUUUACGAUAAUAUCAUAAAGCGUCGCAUACAUGCUUACAAGAAAAUGACCCAAGAGGAAUGGGUCAAGAGCCGGAGAGAGGCAGUUGCGAAAGAACGUGGGGCCGUGUCCAAGAAGGAAAUACCCAAGAAAGUUGAAACUGGCAUGACACUGAAGGAAGAGGUCAGCUUUCUAUCGACGUUGAUUGCUCCACAAGCCACUCUUGAAGCCCACGGCUUUAUUACAAAGAAGCCUACCGAUGAUGAAGUCGAAGAUUGCAGACAGACACAGGCCAUAACAGACUUUUGGGAAGUGUGUGAUCGAUGUGGCACCCGCUUCCAGGCUUUUCCCGAGCGGAGAGAGAAAGAUGGCGCCCUGACUACCGGCGGCAAGUGUCGCUAUCACUGGGGUAGGAAGUCUUGGCCGAAGAGGGAAAGGGGAAAAGACCUAGAGCCUGCCAAAUAUUCCUGCUGCAACGAGGCUGUAGGUUCAGAAGGCUGUACCGAAAGUGACACGCACGUGUACAAGUUUACUGAUGUGAAGCGCAUGUCUCUUGUCAUGCCCUUUAUCGAGACUCCAGAGAACGAUGAAGUCGAGCCUCAAACUGCAGUUUGUUUCGACUGCGAGAUGGGCUAUACAACACAAGGCUUCGAAGUCCUCCGACUUACUGUCAUUUCGUGGCCUAGCCACAGACCGCUCAUCGACGUUUUGGUGCGGCCACUUGGGCUCGUUCUCGACCUCAACACUCAGUGGUCAGGAGUGACCAUGGAUCAAUUUCUCAACGCGAAACCGUACGACCCGGCAAACCCAAAACCUAAGCGUACUGACUUGCGCAUUGUCGAGUCCCCAUAUGCGGCGCGUAAGCUUUUCCUCGAUCAUGUAUCGCCCACCACGCCUAUUCUCGGCCAUGCCUUAGAGAACGACUUGAACGUUAUCCGUUUGAUACAUCCUACCAUCGUCGAUACCGUCAUUCUCUACCCGACAAAGUCAGGCCUUCCGUAUCGCCAUAGCCUCAAAACGCUGGCCAAGCAGUGGCUCGACAUAAACAUACAGCAAGGUGGCGCGUCGGGCCACGACAGUUACGAGGACGCGAGGACGACGGGCGAACUAGUUCGGUCCACGGUUGGCCAUCGAUGGAACAAGCUGAAAGACGAAGGAUGGACCCUCCGCGAGGAUGGUGUGUAUCCGCCGCUGCCUGUAGGGCUGCCCCCUCCACCUGCACCAGCAGCCCCCUCUAUGAUACCGCCGCCGAAGACGAUUAGUGCCAAUGAUGGCACUGCUGCGAAGCGAAAGCUUGAAAUUUUCGAAGACGACGACCUUGAGGAACCGCUGCGUAUCGAUAAUGGCCCUGCGACGAAGCGACUUCUCACUCACGAAGAAGACAAUCUCUCGUAGCUGGUGUAUUAAUGGCGUCAUUAUGAAGAUUUGGGUGCAGGUCGCGUGCACAGUGACAGUGGUACAUGAGAUGUGGCAUGAGAUUGUGGCGCUCGAUUGAGGCAGCACGAUGAUGGAUUGGUCGCAGUUUGCCUAGAAGAAUGCAUCCCUUGCACUCUGGCAACAUAUACAUGAGCACAUGGACUGAAUACCAUGGAUCACCAUGCCGCUAGUGCUCAGACCUAUGCGACAGCUCUGAAGCUGUUUCAAGCCGA